AUGCACGUGUCGCCCGCGUGCGUGGAGGAUCCGCCGGCGGAGCGUUUGGGGGUUGUUGGAGGGAGCGUGGCAGGGUUCUGGAGUUCAGAUCAAUUGAUGGAAAACUAUAAACUAUGUGUGGAUGUCAACGUCUCUGUUUCACAUAUGUUCGAAGUCUUCAUUAGAGAUGCAAACGGGAGCAUGAAAUAUUUAUUAUUAUCUGGUGAAUUAGGCCAAGCAAAUACUCAGGAUUUCCUGCGCAGAAGGAUAUCACGUUCUUCACAAUCUCCAGGCCAUGUGCACCUCAUUCACAACCUCAUUUUGGCUGGCAAUCACGGUACUGUUCUUUGGAACUAUUCCGGAAUCCAUCUACACAUCACCCUCGUACUUCGAACUACAGCAAGAUGGCGUCAAUUUCUCCCGACAGCAGCCCGAGCGCAAGCAGCGCCGCUGUCACUGACCUUGCACCGACUGCUCCUGGUAGAAGACGAUGAUCGGGAUGGAAAAGAUGGCGCUGAGGAACCAGGCGACAGCCACCAGCACGCGCGCCCGCCGCCCUGCGCACGCGCCGCAGCACACAAACACAUCACCACAGCACGCAGGCACACCACCAUAGCACACGCGGAUAGAUCAUCGUAGCACAGAAUAUAGAAAGUACACAGAACG